AAUAAAGAACAAGAAGCCAAAGAGGAGCUCAAGAGGAGAGCUAAACAAUUAGAAAUGCAAAAAAAAGAAAUGCUCAAGCGCGGUGGCGGUACAUUGGGCGGUACUUCUUUUGGUAGUAACUUUGCUCAAUCAAUCAGUAAACCUUCUUCAUAUAAUGAACCGCAAGUUCAAACGACUUUCGAAGAAAAUAUCCGUUCAUCGUUUAGUAGUUCGCCUACUCCGUCAUCAUCUAAAGCCAAGGGUAUGCAGCUUGGACGUAAACAGAAGGGUUCCGAUUUAUUCGAAGCCGUUAAAAAUGAAGUUGGUUUUGAAGAAACUAUUGAAAAGCCCAAUAGAAUGACUUCUAUUUCAAAAGUUCAAGUGGAAAGUGUACACCUUGCAAUUAUGGAAAAGAUUUCUUUACAAGCUAACCGAGAUGGGGGUUUGGAAAAUUUAGAAGUUAAGGGUGACUUGGAACUAACCGUUUCUGAUCCAGACUUAACAAAAAUCAAAAUAUCUGUUCGUGCUGUUGAUGAUGGUACUGUGCAAUUAAAGACUCAUCCCAACGUUGAUAAGAAAUUAUUUUCAAGUGAUAGUAUUAUUUCAUUGAAAAACCCCGCCAAAGGUUUUCCUGUUAAUCAACCAUUGGGUGUAUUAAGAUGGCGUUAUAUCACUAAAGAUGAGACUGUGAUCCCAUUAUCAAUAAAUUGUUGGCCUUCCCCAUCUGGGGAUGGAACAUUUGAUGUUAAUAUUGAAUAUGAAUUAGAGAACGAUGAACAAGAGUUCAAAGACGUAUUGAUCACUAUUCCUUUGCCUCCUGGAGGAAAUCCUACUGUUGGUGAAGUGGAUGGUCAUUAUGAAGUAAAUCGUCAAACAAGAAGUUUAGAUUGGCAAUUACCCAUUAUUGACGCUUCUAAUAAGCAAGGCUCUCUGGAAUUCAGUAUUGCGGGUGACGAUGUUAACGCAUUUUUCCCUGUCGGAGUGUCAUUUGUUAGUGAAAAAACUUUCUGUGAUAUAGAUGUUUUGGAGGUGACUCUCAUUGAGACAGGUGCACCUGUGACUUAUUCCAAAGAAAAAAUUCUGACAGCCGAAGAAUAUAAUGUCGUGUAA